GACAGGCUGGGUGCCCAAGUUGCGCUAUGGGUAAUAAACUAAGCUGCUCGUGUGCGCCGCUUAUGCGGAAGGCAUAUCGUUAUGAAGAUUCUCCUUGGCAAGCAUCCCGUAGGCGGGACGGCCAUCUCCUGAGGUUGUGGGCAGAAGUGUUCCACGUAUCGGCUAGCGGUGCCGGCACCGUAAAAUGGCAGCAGGUGUCGGAGGAUUUGGUACCGGUGAACAUCACCUGCAUUCAGGACUCGCCCGAGUGCGUAUUCCACAUCACCGCAUACAACAGCCAGGUCGAUAAGAUCCUUGACGUACGACUAGUGCAACCGGGCACACGCAUCGGGCAGGCCUCAGAAUGCUUCAUCUACUGGAAGGACCCGAUGACGAACGAUACCUGGGGCCUGAACUUUACAUCCCCGAUCGAUGCGAAACAGUUCCGUGAAUGUUGUUCGCCUUCUUUCAAAUUUUCACGAAAGGCCUCCUCAAGCUAUUCACUAAAACUUGAUCCACCUGGGAAGGGCAAGGUUAAGACGAAGAGGAAACCGCUCAGCACGCCGGCGAGCCCGUCGCGCGCCCGGGAACCCCAGUGCACCUGCAUGACCGCCGAACAGUACGCUAGGAUUCGGGCCCAGGAUCCACGGUAUCGUGGAUCAUCCACCCUGCCGAGGGCUACCAACCGGGCUACGGAGACGGAGACGCUGCGUAGUGAAAAGAUUGCGACGGCCACCUCCAGCACCUCACUGUACGACAAUGUUGGAGCAAACAAUACUCAGGGAAAUACGAUCAACAGUCAAGAAGCUGGCCACAGACAGACAAAGUCCCAAGAAACAAGUACAAUGACUAACGUUGGUACCGUCACCGGAACAGCCGUCACGCAGAAUCAUGUCGGGUCCCAGAUCGGGCAGGAUGAAUCAGGUUCCACCAUGGGUAAUCAACGUCCCGAGGAAACAUCCAAAUCGGAGGGCACCCAGGCCGGCGGUACAUUGCAGCAGCCGGAACGCUCAACCAAGACCACCUCCACCGGUACCGGCACCAGGACGAAGGACUUCAAUGAAGAGAUGCCCCGCGAUCAACACGACAUGCAUCACAACAUCAUCAACAACAACACGGCUAGACGUAACAAGUCCAAGAGCACAGAGGAUAUGAAUGUUGAUUCAUCUACCAUGAAGCGCAUGCUGAAGCCAAUGCCAAGUGCCGAAAGUCCCGUGACAUCGCCGGAGAUGGGCAGACGCCGUUACAAUUACUAUAACUCUGCAACCAACACUCCUCAUACGCAUCAGCACACUAUUCACAAUGCACAUAUGUUAAACAAUAACGGCACCAUUUCACGUAACGCUAGUCAGAGCUCCCGUUUCUCUGGCUCUAGAUCAUCGCACGAAAUAGGCAGAGGCCAUCAGCACGGUGGACGCGGGCUGUAUCUGGAGCUCGAGCGUGAGCGAAGCUGCGUGGAGGGCUCACCACCAUCGGAUAACGUGAUGUUCGACAAUCAGUGCUACGCCACCACGCCCAGCUCGAGCAACGGUAACUCAGAUCAGGAUCAGCCGCCGUACGGACGGCAGAGUGGACGACAUUCGCAUCACCAUCAGAACCCUCCGAAUGUUACUCCUACGCCGGGUUCACCAACGUCGCGGUUGCUGCUGGAGUACGAGAUGCAUCUGCGCAACACGCUGGCGAAGGGCAUGGACGCAGAGUCGUACAGUUUGCACACGUUUGAGGCGCUGCUGUCGCAGAGUAUGGAAAACUUGGAGCUGGCUGAAAGCUUGCCCGGAUCUAACCAGCGCAGUCCGUAUCCAAUUAGAAGAAGCAGUGCCAAAUCGUCGACACUUCCGCUACCACACCGUCUCGGCGGCAACGAACGGCCGGUGACGGUACGGGAGCGUGAUCGAGACCGCGACGGAUACUACAGCGAUCGCAAUGAAUUGAUACGUGAGCGUGAGCGUGACCGUGACCGGGACCGAGGUUAUCUCAGUGAUCACAACUCCAACAGCUACUCGACGACGACUCGCUGUGCCUCGUGCAUUGGAGAGUCGGCCCGGGCACAGUGGUUCCGCCACUCGGAUGGUUGGCGCUCGGGCAGCUCCACCUUUGGGUCCGGUUCCGGACCUGGUUUGGUUUCGUCACAGAGCAACGCCGGGGGUGGCCACAAACGGUCCCCAUGGGACUCAUUGCCCUCGCUACGCCAAGACUCGAGCCUGAACGACUCCGGCUACAAGAGCAAUCGAGCGGACUCAUUCGAGCAAAGAGGCGUCUUCGACAGACAAGACAGCUUGCGCUCGGACUACAUGAGCGACCGGGAGCCACGCUACGGAAUUGUGCAGCAAGCAUCGAUCGACAGCACCGACUCGCGCCUGUGCUACCUGACAUCAUCCGAGAUAUCGGACGAUGAUCGCAUGAGCCUUACGACAGCCGUAUCGGAUGAGGACGACGGAGAAAGCGUGAUGGCCUCACCGUACAAAGCGAAGGCGACCGGUACGGCGGCCGCCUCCUUCAACUGUACUGGCGCUGUGCGAAAGGCGGGCUUCCUGUCGGUGAAGAAGUGGCUGCUGCGCAAGAAGCACCAGAUCGAGCUGGCCCGCAAGCGCGGCUGGAAGGGCUACUGGGUGUGCCUGAAGGGUACGACCCUGCUGUUCUAUCCGUGCGAUUCGCGCGAGGGCCGCUCGGUCGAGGCCGCCCCGAAGCAUCUGAUCAUCGUCGACGGUGCGAUCAUGCAGCCGAUACCGGAGCAUCCGAAGCGGGACUACAUCUUCUGCCUCAGCACGGCCUUCGGCGACGCGUACCUGUUCCAGGCGCCCUGCCAGGUCGAGCUGGAGAACUGGGUCAACAGUAUACACAGUGCCUGCGCGGCCGCGUUCGCUCGACACCGCGGCAAGACGGGUACGCUGCAUCUGCUCCAGGAGGAGAUCUUCCGCCUCGAAAAAGCAAUAGAAUCGGAUCACAAGCUGAAGCACAUGGCGGACCUGCAGCAGAGCGUCGUAACCGAUGCGGACACGCGCCACCAGAUCCAGCAGCAGAUACUGCAGUGGGAGGAAAACCUCGAGCGGCUGCACUGCGAACAGUUCCGCCUGCGCUGCUACAUGGCGUCGCUCCAGAACGGCGAGCUGCCGAACCCGAAGUCACUGCUGACGCACGUGUCACGCCCCACCAAGAACACGCUCAACAAGCUCGGCGUCUUUACGGUGUCGUCGUUCCACGCGUUCAUCUGCGCCCGGUCGCCCUCGCUGCUGAACAACCUGCUGGCGGGCCGGGGUGCGACCAAGCGGCGCCCCCCGAUCCUGUCGCGCUCAAACAGCGGCUCCAGCCGGCGCUCGAUGCAGAUCAACUCGCGCGACGAGCCGGAAAAGAGCUACAAGGUGGCGCUGCCGGAGAACACCUUCGCCACGGUCUACCUGCGCGAGGGCAUGUCGGUGGAGGAGUUCCUCGCGAGCGCCUGCAGCCGCAAGAACCUGAACCCGAUGGAGCACUUCGUGCGGGUGAAGAAGCGCCGGGAUAUGGAAGAUCACAACUACUUUGUUCCUCACAGAAACGAUUUGAUUGAAACAUAUCUACACACCCAUGAGGUAGUGGAAGUGUGCGCGAAAAUUUUAUAUCAAGUAGAACUACAACGAACAACGCUCGAGCAGAUGUGGGGCUUCUCGGUGGAGGCGGAGCUGAUCGAAAAUGCGGACCGGCAGGACGAGCUCUGCUGCUACGUGAGCCGCGUCGAGGACAAGAGUGUUGCCAUGCAGAACGGUGUCAUUAAAGGUGAUGAAAUAAUUGUGAUAAACGGUGCAAUCGUUUCCGACCUGGACAUGAUGUACUUGGAAAGUGUGCUUCAGGAAGAACAAGCCUUAUGCAUGAUGAUGAGAUCUUCCCGCACGGAACCACCGGAUCUCGUCGGCAUCAUGCGCUCGACCGACGACAUCAUCGAGUCGCUGGUGUGUCCACCGCCACCAUCGGAUCCACCCGUCAUUAGCGAGGAGAUGAUAUCAGGCCUAAUCGUUCCCGCACCCGGCUGGCGACGUUCGUGUAUUGCAGGCAAGGAGGUGUACUCACCGGAGGUCGAAAGCUCACCCGCACCUUCCUCGAACGAUCCGCACCUGCUGUCGAUGGACCGUUCCAAGCCGUCGUCGCGCACCAGCAGCUUCGAGAUCGAGAAUCUGCUCAAGUCGGCCGAACAGGUGACCGGGUUCUGUCGCUCGCCGCAGGAGACGCGCAAAUCCAGCCCCACCGGUUCGGUGGCGUCGUCCGUGUCGAACGUCAUGCUCACACCGUCGCGCCAGCUGACCGAUGCGGAGAAGCUGCGCAAGGUCAUCCUCGAGCUGGUGGACACGGAGAAAUCGUACGUUAAGCAUCUGAACAAUCUGCUCGAGUACUAUCUGGAGCCGUUGAAGCGUGAAACAUUCCUGUCUAAUGCCGAGAUUACGGCACUGUUCGGCAACAUUCAAGAGAUCGUCACAUUCCAGCGCCAGUUCCUGAACAAUCUCGAGGAAGCGCUGGAUCUCGAGCCCGACUUCCAUCAGCUGGAGCAUCCGAGCCAGUUUAAGAACGUACUGUUUGCCAUUGGAUCCGCAUUUUUGUACUACGUCAACCACUUCAAGCUGUACUCGUCCUUCUGUGCCAGCCACAGCAAGGCCCAGAAAGUGCUGCAUCCAAAUGAAGGCAAUCAGGCACUGCAGGAGUUCCUGGCCGCUAGAAAUCCCAAGCAGCAGCACAGCAGCACCCUCGAGUCGUUCCUGAUCAAACCGAUACAGCGCAUCCUGAAGUAUCCGCUGCUGCUGCAGCAGCUGCGCAACCUGACCGAUCCGAACGCGGCCGAGCAUCUGCACCUGGUCGAGGCACUGAAGGGCAUGGAGAAGGUGGCCGAGCACAUCAACGAGAUGCAGCGCAUCCACGAGGAGUACGGUGCCAUCUUUGACCAUCUGUUCCGGCAGCACCAGAAGUCCUGCAAGCAGCCGAUCGAUCUCAGCCCUGACCUAGGCGAUCUGCUCUACUACGGUGGCGUCGAGUGGCUCAACAUCAGCGACUUUCUCGGCAAGAUCAAGAAGGGGCUGGAGCUGCACGCGAUGUGCUUCGUCUUCAAGUCGGCGGUCGUCUUCCUGUGCAAGGAGCGCUUGCGGCAGAAGAAAAAGCUCAUGGGCGUCUCGAGCAAGAACGCCACGAACGAGGUGGAGAUCAUCCGCUACCAGGUGCUGAUACCGGUCACCGAGGUGCAGGUAAGGGCUUCCUCCGCCAAGGACAUGGAUUCGCACUUCCUCUGGGAGCUGAUACACCUCCGGUCCCAGCUGCAGCGCCGUUCCGAGAAAGUCUACGUACUGUCGAACAGCACCGCCGAGUUCCGUAACGCGUUCCUCAAGACGAUCCGGCAGAUUAUAAGGGAAAGCGUCCGCAACAUGUCGAUACCGUCGUUGAAGAGUAUGGGCGGCAGCACCAACUCGAUGACGGGCGUCGGCAACUCUUCUUCCGGCAAUUCACAAACUCUCGAGCGGCCAAAGCAGCAGCCCCAGAUCAUGCAAGGUUCGCAGACGCUUGGCAAACCGAAGAAAUCCAAGAUCAAUCAGCGCCACUCGUCCGGAAACAUCGACUACGAUAACACGACCUCGGGCAGCCAGGAGGCGGACGACCCGCCGGUACCGCAGUACAGUGGACAGUUCCGCAUGCGCAGCAAGACGGUGGGCGAUGUUGGAGAGCAAGUGGCUGCCUGCCGACGGAACAUGAACGAGCGUGAGCAGGAAAAACCAGACCCCGGUACCAAAUCGGAGGGCGAGGACGAUUCCCAGCAGGGCACGGUGAAGCCGAAAUCUUCCCUGGGCAAAACACCGAACCAUCUGACGCUGAGCACCACCUCGACGCUGUCCGUGGGCAGCACCGGCAGCCAGGCGCGCCUGAUACAGUCGUCCCAUCCGCCGGCCACCUACCAUCCGGUGCUGAUGAAGGAUCUAGGAUCCCCGGUGUGGAAGCCUAGAGACAUGAUUAGUUUAAGUGACGCCCCGUCGACAUCGCGUAAAGAUGAAAGUAAAUAAGCUCGUUUUCUCGUUACACUCAUCCUCGAUCUUUUUGAAGCAAAGCAAAGAGCAAAAGGGAGGAAGUUACAAAAAAAAGUACAUACACACGCCACACACACAUGCAAACGCAAAAACCAAACCAAAAUCCCUAAAUUACCGAUACCUCCCGUGACCCGAAACUCAUUGGAAUCACAUCCCGUUCACAAGGCUUUUGGGGCGGUUGGUAGUUGGGUGGGCUAAAGGACGGCGAGACGAAUACUAACACUCAUGUUCCCGUAGCGGCACACAGCAACGAAGCAGCUCAUGCAUCCGUGCGGGAAUGGUAGAGGGAGAGCGAUAAAGAGGAAGUAAAUAUAGGUGUCCCACAAUAUGAAGGCAAAUAAUUGUAAUGUAAUCGGCACACCGGCCGAUUAGAGCCGAUUCGAGCAGUUGUUUGGAGAAAAUAGCGCAAUAGCUGUAAAAGGGGCUAGGGCGUAGAGGAUAAAACCAUCAGAGCGGAAGGUA